GAUCUUGUGGGCUCCUACAUAUAGGCGCUUCCCAACGUCUAGAAUUUAGGAUUCUGCGAACACCUCCAACUCCAUCUCUAGAGUGAUUUCUAGGGUUCUCUUCACUUCUUCCAAUGUCGUAUAGCCAAAUCCUGUCAAAACGCUUUGAAACCGGGCAAGAUUCCCCGGACGGAUACAAUACAAGGGAGUCGUUGAUAAAAGGCUCUCUAAAGGGGCCAUUGAAGCCAUUCAGCAGUGAUGACCAGCCCCGCCGGAACCGUAUCCUGCUCGCUCGGGGAUUUUCGUUGACCUUUUUCGCCCUCGUCCUCCUUAUGAUCUGUCUUUGGGCUUUUUCCAAAGAGCACCCGCUGAGCAAGUGGGAGCAACGAUCCUUCAAUACACUAUCAAUCCUGCUCACCGCCAGCGCCAGUUUGGGUCUUGGAUCGCAACUAGGGCACUUGGGUUCUAUGCUCAGGUGGCCCCUACUUGCCCGGACGGUACACAAAAUGCGAGACGUGGACUCAAUACUGGGCAUGUCACCACCACUUGGCUCGUUACGACUCAUCAAAAGACACAUUCGAGAGCGGAGGAUAUCGCGAACCACCUUUAUUGUCGCUGCAUACCUCAUCACAAAUGUAGUUGGGAGAUUGAGCGUGGCGAUUUUCGGUUUGGCUUACAACAUGACCGAGAAAACAGGGAUCGAGUAUCCAAUCCUUGCGACAAAUUGGACAUCAGCUUUAUGGGCUGGUCAGAUCUUCUCCAACGGGACCGGAGAUACCGAGAGGGACGAAUACGAGAGCGGAGAAGGCAAGGAGACCGCACACCAGACUCCUAUUGGAGAUGACAUAAGCCCCUCCUUACAAGCCGAUCUCCAAGUGUCUAACACUACUCUAAACCUAGCCGGAAAAAACACGGUUGAAUAUUCGUACAAUUUGAAGGAUUUCAAGGAGGCUCGUGCUAUACCGUUAAACCAUACUGUUCACUCCGCUGCCAACUGCAGCAUAAUCGAGGUUGAGGAGGGUCAGUAUUGGCGCUGGGAUAACGGGAAUAGAACUGGACCAUUCAACUGGGGUGAGAGGGACAACGCUGAUGUAGUAUCCGAGAUACUGACGGUGUCGAAUGAGACCGAUGUCCUCCCGUACUCCGUAACCCGCUGGACGUCAUUCCUAGACUCCCUGGGUGGAAGUAGUGUAUAUCCCCAGAUUUAUAUUCUAUGCGAAAAUAUUGCUUGGGAAUGUUGGCCAACCCUAACCGAAACCGCUGGUGACAAUGAAUCAAGCCAAAUUCAACCUCAUGAAAAGUUCUUUCACCCCACAGACCUAUAUCGGCUCUUGACAGUUGGCAGCGGUGAUUACGGCAGUUUGACCCUUGGGUACAAAGAUCAGGAGUCGGAAUUGGACAGCGAUGACCGAGGCCUUCAGGGCUAUACCUAUCUAACCGGCUUUGGUGGCUCACUGACUGGAGCGGAAGCUGACGAUGGAGUGUUCUACCUUUGCAAUAGCAGCCUUUUUGAGUCUCAUAAUGAGGCGGUCUGGGACGGUUAUCGCCUUUGGAUGGCCAGCCUAAUAGCUCGGCUUCCGAUCCUCGCCAUAAUGCACGCCAAUACCGCGCUACCCAAGUUUGCACGAGGCCCACACCCUAACCAGACCGCUGGCACCGCAUACCUACAUACAACCUUGGAAGUGGACUGGUUCCGCGUUCUCCUCAUAGCGCUUAGCAUUACCGGCGGCCAAAUCCUGGUGAUCCUGGCUGUCCUCGGCUACUGCACUGGCGUCUACACCCGAGAUGAUAGCCACCUCGCAACCGCGGAGCUAUUGAAAACCGUUAUCAAUAGAUUCGAUGGUGGGAAGUUGAUGACAGGGGAGGAAUUGGCAGCAUCUCUUGAUGAUGUCUUGGAAGUAUCAGUUAGCUAUGGCGCGAGGCAAGGUCGGGAUGGUGGACCGCCGGAGGUGGACUUGACGAGUGACUUGGAUGCCAACUUCCCGCCAUUUCCACAGGAGAAACCAUUCACUGUUUAAAAGAUCCUAGAGCCAUAGCGGCGGAUUCACCUAACUUGGUGGGGAGUUGGGUGUCGGGGGGCUGGCAGAUUGUGUGGACAUCACAGUUGGGAGAGGUAGGGAAAGGUUUGGUUGGACAGCCAAGAUUUUUAGGAUCUGUCACAAUAUUGGGGGAUUUUUUGCACCGCGGGAGCCAGCGAUGCUGUUAGUUCAAAUGCUUGAAAGAGUAUAUGAUAGGGUAUGAUAGGAAGCAUACCUAAUGGCAUACGGGAGUGAGCAACAAUCAUCAGUCGUUAUAGCGGUUAUCCGGCAUCGCCACAUCCUGUAUCCAUGUUUAGUCUACCGCACAUCCUUAAUGCCCAAUCGCCUACGCUAAUUAGGCACAACAUUCACAUCUACAAAUGAAAACUGGAAUUACUAGCA